ACAUACACACAGCAAACACAUAUUUACGAAAGUUUACACACGAACGCAACCCCCUGGCCCACCCACGUCCAUGACCUAAAUCCUCCUUCCAUUCAGUUCUCUUUCUGAUUUGUUCUUUUCCGAAGUUUUACAAAAUUUGUUGAUUCUGUAAAGAAAAGUUUGAUCAAGAGCAUCUAAAACAAUGAGCAAUUUCGAUUCACAAAGGCAAGAAUCACUGAAAAGGCGUUGGCAGGAGCAGUCGAUCAACCAUUCAACUCCAUCAAAUUUCUAUAACAAACUAAAUAACACGGCUCCUUCGACAGUGCCCUUCAUGGGAAACCCUAAAAAUCUCCAAACUUUUUCAGGUUUCUUGGACGAUGAUCUUGUUUCGUCAGUGGUGCCACCGGUGACGGUGGUGUUGGAAGGCCGUUCGAUCUGCCCGCGGAUUAGUCUUCACAAACAUGGAAGCUACGAAAGCCUGGCAAAGGCUUUGAGACAAAUGUUUGUUGAUGAGGAUGCAUCGUCGUCGUCUGAUAAUGAUGUUGGUCUUGAUCUUUCGAAUGCUGUUCCUGGUCACCUCAUUGCAUAUGAAGACAUGGAAAAUGAUCUUCUUCUUGUUGGUGACCUGAACUGGAAGGAUUUUGUUAGAGUGGCGAAAAGGAUUCGAAUCUUACCGGCAAAGGGUAGAUCAAGAACACAGAAAAAGGAGGUGAAUUAAAUUAAACUGCUGCUGGUUGAUCAGUUUUCAGUUCUAUGAAAUUUGAGAAAAAACUGGAAACCCUUUCUGAAUUGAAAGGUCAUUGAACUAAUUGGGCGUGGAAACAUUUGAAUUAUGGAACCAUUGAAAAUUAUAAGUUGUAUCCUGUAAACCAAUGUUAUCCAAUUAUCAGGAGUAAAAUUAAUUUUCCUUC